AGGGACGGGGGCGCGCGAAGCGGUGUGCAGAUGUGUCGCAGAUUUUGUAAAGUCACUGGACGCUCGCAAAGAUACAUCACAAGGAAGUCGCUCUGGAUCAAAAGGCCCUUAAACUGUCAGGAGAACAAGACAGUUGAGAGAAAACAGGGCAUUAGACGGGCUCGACACACCGCGAUAGUUCACGUUAGCUCAGUUUGUGGAGGAGAAACGCGUUACUUUGACACUUAAAAGCCAGCGGGCGGACGCGCGCACAGAGAUGGAGCUGUCAGCGAUUGGAGAGCAAGUGUUCGCUGUGGAAUCGAUCCUGAAGAAGAGAGUUAAAAAGGGUAAUGUGGAGUAUCUGUUGAAGUGGAAAGGAUGGCCUCCCAAGUACAGUACAUGGGAACCAGAGGAGCACAUUCUGGACCAGCGCUUGGUGCAGGCCUAUGAAGAAAAAGAGCAGAGAGACAGAGUGCUGGGCCACAGGAGAAAAGGACCCAAAACCAAAAGAGUCCUUCUGCAGAACACUUUUUACACCAUGGACCUCCGCAGCGCUCACAAGACACCAGAGACACCUCCUCCUCGCGUUCGUCUCUCCCUGACGCGCUCUCUGCUCUCUGAGGAGGACGAGGGUCAGUCGUACGCUGCCUGUGGGAAGGUCUCACAAACACAACUGGCACAUCAAAAAAGUCAAUCUGAGACGUCACACUUUAAGUGCCUUGACUCAAAUCCUCCCAGUCCUACACAAGAGGACUGGGAAGAAGAAGGAGAAGAGGAGGAGGAGGACACUGUAGAAGAUGGAGAGGAAGAGGAGAAGAAGAAAGAAGAGGCAAGAGGAGAGGGCAGAGGCAUUUUAAAUGGACUGGAGAGGACGGACAAGUGGAGCUCCUCGAUCAGACCAGUCGAGGUCACUGUAUCAGAAAAGCCGGACAGUGACAACAUCUGGAGACCAAUCAUCGGUGUCGGGGAGGUGACGGUCACAGACGUCACUCUCAACUCCCUCACAGUGACUUUCAGAGAGUCCAGAGUGGCCAAGGGCUUCUUCAGAGACUUGGGCCUGGAGGUCUGACGUGAUGAGGUGGCUGUAGUUUGGUGAGGAAGAGCUGUUUAGGGCAAGGGUUAGAGUUGCCUUUCUGAGGCCUCUGCUCCACCUCUUACCUUCUGUGUCCAGCCUGGUCAGUAGUAUCUUUACAUGCACAGAGUCACUGCGGUACAAGCUGAAUUCCAAAGCUAUGUUCAGGUUCAGCAGUUCCUGUUUGAAAUAGUAGGACUGAUGAGGAGGUUUAGAUUGCUAUUAUUAGUUGUUACAGGUUUUUGAGGACACACAAAAACAUGCAGGAUAGUGCAGUUGAUAAAUAACCCCAAAAAACUAAGUCACAUGCUGAACACUGAAGAUUGAAAUAGCUGAUUCAAACAAAGACCAAACCAAAACUUCUGGGUUAGAAGUUUUUCAGCUCAAGGGAAAAACGGAUUGCAGUCGUUGGCACUGGAAGACAAAAUACAGUCCAUAUAUCGCUGCCAUAUUAAAGCAGAUUUCAGGAGGGGGCAUACUUCUUCCGAGAACCAGGACCUAAGGCACUCUGCUAGCUGAAGGCGUUCUUUAACUGGCCAACAGUUAAAAACGUGACCACAUGGUGAAUCAAGUGAUGUUUUUGAAAGUCAGAAAUCUGAACACAUCAUUGUCAGGUAGAAAAUGUGGUGAUAGAAGUAAAGUGUAUAGUCGUUUAUUUUUAUAAAUCAGUGUGGGUCUCAACAUGUCUAACCCAUAGGAACCUUGUGGAACGUUUUGUACAUUACAAGAUUAUGUCAACACUCAAGCAUCAUCGUAUGUAGACUUGAGAUCCAGAUAACUGAGAAUUUCACUACUGAUAAAACAUUUUCUUAG